AUGUUGGGGAGGGUUGGGGGUCCCUGGGCUGGCUGGGGGUCCCUGUGUUGCAUUGGGGGGUUUGGGGGUCCCCAGGAAGCCGCCGCCCCCCUGCGCACCCAGGUCGACCUCGGCUGCAACUUCUUCGUUACUGCAGAAGUCCCGGACCCGCAGCGUGUGUUUGUGGCCCUGGGCUAUGGGUUCUACGCGGAGCUGACGCUGCCCGAGGCCCUUCGGCACCUGGAGCGCCGCAGCCGCCUUCUGCAGCGGUGAGACCCCCUGGACAUGG